AGAAAUCCGCAAUGAAGGAGGUUGCCAAUCGGAAGUUUGUGCGGAUCUGGGAUGAUGAUCGAUGAUGAUGAUCGAAGACCGGUGAUGAUGAUGGGGUUUUGUCGAUGAUUCUGCAGAAUUGAAGCUGCAAUGAUGCGGUGAUGAUGAAGAAGAAGAAGGAAGACUUGUGAUGAUGAUGGGGUUUUGCAGGUGAUGAUGAUGGGCAGGUGAUGAUUCUGUACGGAUUUGCGGUUAGGACUUAGUUGAAGAAUGAGCACUAGUCUAAGUGGGAAUGAGUACUAUUAAGUUUUAGAAUGUGUAUUAUGUUAUUCGUAAAUGAAUAUUCUACGAAUGGAAAUAGAUCCACCCGAACAAUUUUUUUUUGGAUCGCGAAUGGCAACAGCCCACAGUUACUGGCAUCCAUCUUCAGUCACCGAGGAUCUGACCACUUGGGUUGGCGAUGGGUGAGAUGGCCGGAGCCGGAGCUCACCAACUACUCCUGACGUUACUUGCCGGCGCCUCAGCGCUCGUCGGCGCUCUCUGUACCGUCGGUGCAGUCGCCGGAUCCAUUCAUCGCCGCAACUCCGCACUCAAAAGAGAGAAAAAUGGAAAGCUGUGUGGAGCAUGCAAAGGAAGUGGCUAUUACUCAUGCAAGUUAUGCAAAUCAAAGGGUACAAUACAAUGGUCGCCCCUUUAUGAUCCAGUGGUGAUUAACCCAUGUGUUUGUCCCACUUGUGAGGGAAACAAGGUUCAAAAAUGUCUCAACUGUUUGGGCUUUGGCCUUGUGUAGCAAACUCUUUGAGGAUGCCAGGUGCAUUCCACGUUGAAUAUCUAUCUUUUAUUAGAUCAUUGUGUGUGAUAUGGUGCCAUGUUGGACUCGUAAGGACUUACAGAGUAGUACUUGUAGUCGGGGUUAAAUCUUUGCUCUUGAGUUGGCUUUUGAGGUGAACUAUGCUGUCGAUAUGGGACUUGGUUCAAUGGUUCCAAUGUCCUUUAUCAUGCUUUGCUCACAAUCUCUUUAGCAAAACCAGUAAAGUAAAACAUACGAAGUAGUCAAAUUUUACUAUGUUUUUCAAAUAAAUUGAAUUGAGAAUAACUUCAUGUAUUCAAACAUUUUACAUGAAAAUAGGCCGAGUAAAACGAAAUGAAUGAAGUAUAUAUGUUUUUCUUUUGAAUGCUUCUUUUAUCUACUCGGGUAAUUGUUUUGCAGAAGUCAUGAAUUAGGGCAAAAAAUAUUGCACAUCCCGUUUUCGACGAUUGGCUGAUUCCUCAGUGUAUCUCUAAAAAAGGAAUCGUUUCUUU